GCUUGACUGUGUUUUUUGAAGUGGAGGUUGGUGUUGACUGCAGUCAUUCUUUGAUCUUUCAGCCUUUGAGGUUGAUCAACGUUAAGAAGUCCUUUGAAGCUUGAUCUGUCCCAGAUGAAUCUUUCAUAUUUGAUCACUUCAAGCGCAACAGCAUAAAGAAGAGCUUUGAAGCUUGAGAAAAGAAAGAAGAGAAAAGAGGGAAGUUACGUUGCGCUCCCCGGAUAUAGAGGCAUUCUGGCAGGAGCAGUCGGUGUGUAAACAACCUAUACUCUGUACUAUUAAAUGAACAACAAAAUGGACUGUGUGCGUCAACCCGAAGAGUUGAAAUUAACGGGGAAUAUUGAGGAAAACUGGAAGGCUUUCAAACAACGGUUUGAACUGUAUAUGCUAGCUAUCGGGCUGGAAGGCGAUGAACGGCGGAAGAUAGCAUUGCUGCUAACAAUAGCAGGCCGCGGCGCCUUGGAUGUAUACAACACAUUUGAUUUCACAGAAGAAGAAAGGGACAAGUAUGACGCGGUUAUAGCAAAGUUUGAGCAGUACUGCACACCGAAGAAGAACGAGACUUUUGAGAGGUUCGUCUUCAGGAACCGUAUGCAGGAUGAGUCUGAAUCCAUUGAACAGUAUGUCUCCGAUUUGAGACUGAAAAGCCUGUCGUGUAACUUCGGGACACAGUGUGAAUCAAUGAUAAGGGACCAACUUGUGAAUGGAGUGCUUGACAAUAAUUUGAGGAUGCAUUUAUUGAAAGAACCAGACCUUACUCUGGACAAGGCUAUCAAAAUUUGCCAGGCGUUGGAAAACGCAAAGUUACAAAUUAGGACAUUUUUAAAUAAGAACACAGCGAAAGGGGACACCAGGAGGGAGAAACCUAAGAUAAAUGAGCAGUAUGGGACACACGACAACAAGGAGUAUGGGAGGUAUUGCUAUCAGCAAACACCAAAGCAGUGCUCAUCGUUCGGAGGAGACUCUAGAUACAGCUGGGGGGAGAGAGACUCUACUAAACGCUGCUUCGUCAAAGAAGAAGUGCAGCUUGUAGAAGAGCUGAGUGACAACGAGGAUGAAAAGGAUUCGGUCUACGUGAUUACAAUAAAAGAUGAACCCAGCACAUCAGAGGAUGAGUGGGCAGCACCCAUGAAUGUAAAUGGAACAGAUAUUCCACCGAAUCUGAAACUCUCAGGAGCGCAGUGUGUCCAGGAUCUGUCAAGUUUGACACCUCAAAGCCUGAAGCAGAACCUGACUCCUCUUAGAAUAGCGAAUGGAGAGGUGGUGUAUGGGAUGUUAGCGGGUACAUCAAAGCCUCCUGUAGAAUUUGCUCCUCCACAGAACUUCUCAUCACAAAAAAAAAAACGUAACUGUCAAAACAAUGACCAACAGCCCUACGUGAAGAAGCCUCCCAACGCUUUCAUUUUGUAUAUGCAGGAGCAGAGGCCAUAUGUUCUGGCUGAACAGCCCUGUAACGAUAAUGCAAGGGUAAACACAAUCCUUGGCCAGAAGUGGCGGGCAUUGUCAAGAAGAGAACAGUCUAAAUACUACGAGGAAGCUGAUAAGCUGAGGAAGCUCCACGCCGAGAAAUACCCGUGGUGGUCAGCCAGAGAAAAUUACGGCAAAAUGAAACGGAUCAGGAGGAAGUAUCCAAUCACAUCUGAGGAAGAAUAUGAUCAAACAGUUUGAAAAACUGGAUUGUUUUUUUCCUGAAAAAUGUAUACAUUUAUUUUGUGAAAGAAGAAAAUAAACUACUGGUGUAGUUUGUAAAAAUCCA